GCAGAAAGACCAGACGAAGAAGACGAAGGAAUCCAACAUGGCGGCUGAGCGACAUUAAAGCGACUUCGGAGUUGUUUUUGUAAAUUUUUGGUUCUAAAACCGAACAGAAUUCGCGGUGAUUUGUGUCUCACUUCGCGUCGGUGGUCCGAGGGGUCGAUAGAGUCGCUUGUUCCGGCGAUUUGAAGGCGUUCACGGCUCCUUUUUGUCGUGUGUGUGUUUAUAUUCGCUUAAAGCUAAAAGCCAGAAGCUUCUGGAGCGAGAGACUGAAGUUAUGGAGCAGAAAGCGAGCAGCAGCAGGAGGAGGAGCCGAGAGCGGAGCAGCAGCAGCAGUGACAGCAGCAGCGGCCCGCCGUCACCCUCCAGCCCCGGCUCUAGUGCGCCUACAGCGGGGAGCAGCAGCGGCGCCGCCGCGGGAGGAAACGCCUUCGCCAACGACGGCAGCUUCAUGGAGCUGUUCAAGAAGAAGAUGGAGGAGGAGGAGGAGCGGCGCAGGAAGGAGCUGGAGGAAGCCGGCAACGAGCAGGCGACUGGGGACAAGAAGCCCGUUAGCGUGGCCAGCUUUGUGGGCAAGCGCAGAGGAGGCGCCAAGCUGGCACUCAAGACCGGGCUGGUGGCCAAGAAGCAGAAACUCGACUCAGCGGCUGAGAAGGGUAAAGGAGACGCCUGGUCUAAGUACAUGGCCGAGGUAAAAAAGUACAAAGCUCAUCAGUGUGGAGACGACGACAAAACCAGACCUCUGGUCAAAUAGACUGUGGCUGAGCGGCGUGUGACGUGGCGUUCGGACCCCACAACACACACACACACACACACACACCAGGGUCAGCACCCUGCGCUUCUUUCCUUUUCCUCUUUUGUUUAUAGGUUUCCAGUUUUAAAGAAUCUGCUCUGUGCAGCACGUCACGUGAUCCGGACACUUUAUAAACACACGACGAUGAGCUUCGUCUUUGUCUUCAUCAUCAUCAUCAGACAGAAGAUGCUCUGUGGUGUGUUUAUGUAUCCAGACCGACGUGACACCUUUUUGUAUCGUUUUUUGUUUUUGUUUGUUUCUCAGAAAUCGAUGUCCACUGAAAAAUUAAAAUGUUGAGCUCUGAAUAGCGUGUUGUUCAGAAGCGUGUCUCCUUCCUCUCGGUGCUAAUUCACACACACGAUUAAGUGUUAAAGGAGUCAGUGGGACACACACUCGGCCCCGCCCACUUUCAAUCAGACGUGUGGAGUCAUGAUGCGUCACUGGUAAUAUAACGAGCUCCACUGAGAGUGAAUAAAGACACCGGACUGUGCGGCUUUCACUGAGUCUCACCCUCAGCUUCCGGCGUUAACGGGACACGGUCCGUAUCCAUGACGACCCUGACCAGGAUGAAAGUGCUUUACUUUACUAGAGUAAUUAUUUCCAGUUUCUCCGUGCAGUAGAAUCCGAGGGUCUGUGGAUUUCAGUCGUUCUUUAUCUUUUUAUUUCUCUGUUGUCUGUAAAAACCGACACCUUUAAAAUCACAUGAUUCUGUAGGUGUGAAGUACAGGAGAAAAAAAAGUGUCUCUAAUAAACAAAUGUUAAACAUUCAA